AUGGUUCCAAUGACAGCAGAAAAAGAAAAAAUUCCAACCGACGACAGAGCUUUUAUCAAUAAUAAAACAGCUCAACUUGUAAUGAGGAUCCAGAAAUUUCAAUAUGAAUUCUCAGAAGAAUUCAGCGCUCCAAAUAUUGCUAAGAAUUUUAUGAAUACCAAGAAGCAGAAUCUGAAGUUAUUCUUGAUGAAAUGCGAUAAGCUUUUGUCGACGAGACAGUUGGGCCUGGUGAGGAUCUUGAUGCAGAACUUGAUCGUUUCAGCCUAG